AUGCCUCUGGCUGGUUUAAUGUUUGGCUCGGAUGCUUCGGCAAGGCUCGAGGACAUGCUCAUAUGUCGAGGCAUAACCGUAUGGUUCCAUUGGCUCCCAGUGAUCUACGUUGGAGGGCUUGACAGCGAGUCGCCAUUCAUUGAUGUCAACUCUUGCGAAAUGCUCAAGGAUCGAGACUUUCGAAACGCUUUCUCCGACGCCUAUACCAGGAAAUUCACUACCAACGGCCAGAUGUUUACUAUUUGGGCGAAGGACCCCGGCGAAGUCCCCAACUGGCAUCUCUUGAACUUCGUUUCAUGUACCUCGACGACAACGACUAAAACUGGAUGGUUGCGAUGGCCGCAGCAAAGACAGGGGGAAGAACUGAGCAGGACUAAACGACCUACUCUCUUACUGCGUCCCGGAUUGGUGGGUCUUCGGGUUGGAAGGGCCCGGCCGGCCGACGACUACCGGCCCUCGCCUCAAUCCGAGGUUCUCAUCUGA